UUGCAGAUCUCUUCUCGAGAAGGUUACGUGUCAGAAACGGCCGUUGUUGGAACGACGAUCAGAGUGUCACCGAACCCUCAGGCGGAGUCAUUGCAGAUCUUAGUCAGCGAUGAGGAUUUGCGGCCUGGAAUGCCACCAGCCACCUACCAGUACAUCCUUACUGGCUCGGGUGCAACCAUAUUUGCCGUUGACCAAAGGGGAUUUCUCUACUUGAAUACUCCCACAAUCGAUGCCGAUCCACCGAAUCCUUCGUCGUAUCAAAUACAUGUACAAGCACGGGAGGUAGAUACAGUGCCGAUUCGGAGCAGCGAGCCGGUGACGAUCACCAUUCAUGUCAUCGACGCCAACGACAAUCCACCGCAGUUCGAGCUGCCUAUCUACACCGUCAACGUCACGUCCUUCGGUGAUGAGAGACCUGUCGUCAAGGCUAGAGGCAUGAUAAAUGAUAAAAUGAAUGAGUCAAGCUACGUAUGUGACUCCCGCAAGCAUAAAGCGCUCGAUAAUAAUUGA